AUGCAUUUCUUCUCAGUCGUCGCUGCCGCUGCCGCUCUUAUUGCUGGCUCCAACGCCCUCUUUAUCCCCCGCAACAUCCAUGUCGCAGAUUUCCGUCUUUACAGCGCCGAGGGUUGCUACGACGGCAAUCUCGGUGUCUGGACUGUCAUUGAUGAAGAUUUCACGAAUGGCGAAUGCAAGAGCUUGAAUGAUAGCGAGGAUGGCGACGUGCCUCUGUCUCUUAGCCUGACGGAUAUCAACAAAGGCUGCACUUUGACGGCUUAUACGGAUGCCAAGUGCACUGAGGGCAAGACGAUCCUCGCCCCUAAACAAUGCUCCAACAACAAAGCCGGGUUCCAGGCUUGGAGCAUGAACUGCGACUACAAGGAGUAA